UUUUUUCUUCGUAUACAUAUAGGAAGAUUUAUGUGUCAAAUGUAAGCAGGGAGACUUUUGUCGUUCCACAGAAUUGUAUUUCGUGUGUCCAGCCUGUAAUCAGGAACUUGGUGCAAUUAUAGUCGACGAGUCCGAGACCAGUGACGCUGAAAGACAUAAAGAAAGAACGAAAGAUGCCAGGCACCCUGACGUAUCCGAUCUACGCUGGCGUCGAUUCACUCCCGUCGAGAAGACGCGCCCACACGUGGUCCACACAGCACCGUUCCGCAUCACGUGUGAUGGAAGUCAACGCGCAACUUGGUCGAGUGUCUUUGUCGGAGCCCGCGAGAGACGAAACGAGCAAGUUGAGAUUAAAAGUAAUCGCUGGGCACCAUUUAGCUAAGAAAGAUAUCUUUGGUGCGAGCGAUCCCUAUGUACGCGUGGACUUGAACACAAUACAUGGCGAUCAGACGGUGGACUCUGCGCUUACAAGAACCAAGAAGAAGACACUGAAUCCUGUCUGGGAGGAGGAAUUUGUAUUUAGGGUGAAACCAGUAGAACACAAAUUGGUCUUGCAAGUUUUCGACGAGAAUAGAUUGACAAGGGAUGAUUUUCUUGGUAUGGUUGAGUUAACAUUGAUUAAUUUGCCAAAGGAACAAGAAGGUCGCGCUAUUCCUGCUAGGAAUUAUGUACUUCGUCCACGUAGUAAUCAUUCCAGUCAGCGAUCACGAGUUAAGGGAACGUUGGAACUGUAUCAUGCAUACGUUUCCGACUCAUCCAGUAUUGAAAAUGACAAUGGAGACGUAUCCGAUUCAGGCGGAUGGGAAUUAGUACAGCCAGAGAGUAACAGUCCAGUAGAACAAAGUGCAGAUAUUACGAUGGUUAAUAGGCCAUUGCCACAAGGAUGGGAAGAAAGACAGGACGCCAAUGGUCGUACAUACUAUGUUAAUCAUAUAGCGCGUUUCACACAAUGGGAACGACCAGAACCAGAUACAACAGCGACGAGCGGAAUUGUUGAGCAACGUAAUUUGGAUACAGCGGCUACCGAAUUUCAACGACGGUUUCAUAUUAGUGCUGAUGAUGAAGGUAGACAUAGGAACUCGGUAGUAACGCAGGAUGGUGAAGUUCUACGCGAGGACGAUGAAGAUUCGGAAGCAAGAGAUUGUGAGGGUGGGGAUCAUAGGGGAGGGGGUAUUGGGGAUACUUCUUCAGACUCCGGACGUUCUGUCGAUCAACGUGGCUACCUUAGCGAAUCUGAAGAACAGACUGAUGAUAUCGACAGUCCGGCUGGUUCGAGACGUUCAUCGGAGCAGAUUGACAUUCCUAAACCUACUCUUCCCGUAUCUAAUGAUGAAGGAUUGCCACCUGGUUGGGGCAUGCAAGUAGCACCUAAUGGUAGAAUAUUUUUUAUUGAUCACAAUGAGAGGGCAACAACCUGGAUUGAUCCUAGAACGGGAAGACCAAGUUCUAUUCCUAAUCACAUUGCACCAUCAACAACAUCAAGACCUGAUUUAGAUCAAUUAGGACCGCUUCCAGAAGGGUGGGAGGAAAGAGUACACACGGAUGGACGAAUCUUCUUUAUAGACCACAAUACAAGAACAACGCAAUGGGAAGAUCCACGCAUGUCUAAUCCCCAAAUUGCUGGCCCGGCUGUACCAUACUCAAGAGAUUACAAGCGUAAAUAUGAAUAUCUGAAAUCACAAUUGAGAAAGCCUAAUAAUGUUCCUAAUAAGUUUGAGAUAAAAGUUGGACGGAACAAUAUUUUGGAAGAUUCGUACCGUAUUAUAAGCUCCGUUAACAGAGUUGAUAUUCUAAAAACAAAAUUAUGGGUAGAAUUUGAAGGAGAAGUAGGCUUAGAUUAUGGUGGCCUUGCAAGAGAAUGGUUCUUCUUAUUGUCUAAGGAAAUGUUUAAUCCAUACUAUGGACUCUUUGAGUAUUCUGCAACCGAUAAUUAUACACUGCAAAUUAAUCCUUGUUCUGGAGUAUGUAAUGAAGAGCAUUUGAAUUACUUUAAAUUUAUUGGACGUAUAGCAGGAAUGGCUGUUUAUCACGGCAAGCUAUUGGAUGCUUUCUUUAUUCGGCCGUUUUAUAAAAUGAUGUUGGGUAAACCAAUUGAUCUGAAGGACAUGGAGAGUGUUGAUUCUGAAUAUUACAAUUCUCUUCUAUGGAUUAAAGAGAAUGAUCCCAGUGAAUUAGAACUCACUUUCAGUCUCGACGAAGAAAGUUUCGGUCAUACUUCCCAAAGAGACUUAAAGCCAGAUGGUGCUAAUAUUCCUUUGACCGACGAAAAUAAGGAUGAAUAUAUAAGUCUAGUUAUCCAAUGGCGAUUUGUAUCUCGUGUGCAGGAACAAAUGAAUGCCUUUUUGGAAGGGUUCAACGCUCUUAUACCACCAACAUUGGUGAAAAUAUUCGAUGAACAUGAACUGGAAUUAUUAAUGUGUGGUAUACAGCAUAUUGAUGUGAAAGACUGGAAACAAAAUACUUUAUAUAAAGGAGACUAUCAUGCAAAUCACAUUGUUGUGCAGUGGUUCUGGAGAGUCGUUUUGUCAUUUAGCAACGAAAUGCGUUCUAGAUUAUUACAGUUUGUAACUGGCACAUCACGUGUUCCAAUGAAUGGAUUUAAAGAACUUUAUGGCAGCAAUGGACCGCAGUUAUUCACAAUCGAGAGGUGGGGUACACCAGAAAAUUAUCCAAGAGCUCAUACUUGUUUUAAUCGUAUUGACCUUCCUCCGUAUAAAAGUUAUCAACAACUCAGGGAUAAGCUAGUUAAAGCAAUUGAAGGUUCUCAAGGCUUUGCUGGAGUCGACUAGCACGAAAUACCUUUGUUCAUGAUGAUAUCUGUAAUAUAAUGUAUAUAUUACAUAUACCUAUAAAUAGAGGUACACACAAAAAAAAGUAUAUUAUCUUAAUACGAUUAUCUAUUUAAAGAAUUCUCUGCACUUUAAUGAUUUUGUUGUCUCCUCAGUAUGAGUGGCAACAGUAAAUAUAUUGAAAAUAAUACGUUUAAAAAGUUAAAUUUAAAAGUUGCUUAGUUUUUCUAUAACUUUCGAUAAGUCUUUUAGCAUAUACUACGCUUUUGAAAACACUUGUUAUAAUGAAAAAUGUUUACAUAAUCUGAUGUAGACUGUUAAACUUGCAGUCAGACAUUAAUUAAUCCACUCUUAAAGACAUGCCAUAUUUUUACUAUUGCAACUAUGGGAUUUUCUGGGAGAAGUGAUUUGGCUGCUGUAACAAUGUGAUAUUAUGAUAUUGAUUUAAUAAUUGAUUCUUUUUUUGUUAAUAUUAGAAUGUUAUUGAUAAAAAGCAAUUUGUGCAAAUGGCUGUAUAUGAUAAAAUUAUGACAAAUUGUUUCAAAAUGACAUUGUACUAAUGUGCAAAUAAAAUAAAAACACUCAAUGUCAUUCUGCGUCAUUUUGCAACUCAAAAAGUUUCUUUAUAUAGAUAUACUUUUCUUUUUCCACUUUCAAAUCACAAGAUAUUAAUAUAAUGAUACUUUAUUGUUAAUAAAACUUAUUGAAAUUUUCAAUUGUAUAAAUACCAAAUUUUGGCAAAAAGAAUUACUUAACUUUUUCUUUAGUUAAAAAAUUUACUCUCUAAUUUUAUAAUGCAUACUCGAAAUAGACUGUUGUUUUGUGAAAAAGUACAUUGUUUUUUCUAAUGAAUCAAACUUUCCUAGUAUUGUAAAUAUGGAUUAUAUAUGUCAUAAUUUUAAUUAUAUUUUUAUGGCACACCAAACUAUGCUUCUCUUUUUCAACUUUAAUAGCAUGCAAACUUUUAAUUCCUCUUUUCCACUGUUGAUUACAUAAAGCUGUUUAUGUCUUUUGUUGAAGAAUAAAGAUAAAUAAACAGCUUGUCACAUAUUUUACAUGCAUACCUGCAUAUAUAUGUGUAUAAACUAAUUUAUAUUCUUUUGCUUUUAUAUAUAUGUUGUUCCUUUUAUAAUACCUUUUGAUUAUCAAAUCAUAAAAAUAGCAUUACAUAGAAAUUGUAUUGUUAAAAAACGUAUAAUGUACUCCUAUGAUGUACAGAAGAAUAUAAACAGUUUUAUAAACAGUUAAUAUAAUGUUAGAAGAAAAGGCAAGAAAUAAUAGACACCAAAGCUAAUAAAAUAACAUUUUUAUUUCUAAAUUUUUAUUUCGUUUUGUGCUAAUUGUAAGCAAUACGAAAUGAAAUUAUGCAGUUUAGAGUAAGUUAUCGAAGGAAAAUUUAUAUUUUAUCUCAUUAACAUACUAAAUAAGAUAUACAGAAUUUUAACACUAAUAAAUUAAUUUUUAAAAAGACUAUAUUGACCAACUAACAAAAUUUAAUUAAUUGGUUACAGGUUAUAUUAUUAAUUUUACCUUGCUUGUUCUUCUGAUUGUAAGUUAUUAAUGACUUAAGGAUAUAUGUUGUACUCAGGAAGUAUAUUUUGUGCGUAGGGUAUAUUAGAAGGAAAUUGAUCACAUUGUUUUCCAGAAGUCGAAAUUGUUAUGUAUAUUCUGUUAAUAUUCUGGUGCAACACAAAACUCAAUAGUCUCGAAAAUAAUUUAAGUAUUGAAACUUCUUGUUAAUAAUCAAAGAUGACGAAAUCAGAUACGAAUGCCUAUCUUGUAUAUUGUAACAUUUAUUCGAAUUAACAUACAUUCUGAAGGAUAUGGAGUUAAUAUAACAUUCCAUCCUGUUUGUACAGCUUAUUUUAUUGUAAACUGGUACGUCCCGUUAGAUAAUAAAUAAUAUUGUCAUGACAGA